AUGUUUCAAUCAACCAAUAUACCGUCUCCCACUUCCAGAUCUAAUCGUGUCAUGAAUACAACGUGGGAUCAAGUUCGUAAGGAGGUUAGAGCAUACCGAAGUUAUGCUCAGCCGUCCAACUUAACAAAUAUUAAGGAUUUUUGUUUUGACGAAAGGAACAAUCGUGCAUACUUUCUUGCGACAGAUCCUUCACGAAUGAAAACUUCAACUUUAUUUGUGGCUGAUUUGCCUCAUUAUAAUAGCGAACAAAUAAACGAAGUUGCUCGGAAUGGGACGGUUAAUUCCAAUUGUAAUGACCACCCGUUCACGUUCCAUAAUAAUGAAUUUCAGGUGAAAGAAUUUUCCUUUACUUUUUGUCCAUCUACUUCCAAUGAUACAUCUUCACUCUCACCUCCACCUAUCACAUUAUCAGAUUCGGAUGGUUUUAAUAUGAACAAAAUGUCUUCUACUUCAUAUCCAAAAAUUUCUCAGACUUCAAAAAAUGUAAAUGCAUUGUCAAAAAUUCCAGCUGUGGAAUGGAAACCUUUGCUUCCAGAAUCAUGGUUGAAAGAAAAGUCUACAUCCACCUCAGAGACAUUAUCACGUGAAGAAACAUUCAUAAAAGAACGGAGGAGGUUAUCUUUACAGGGUAUAACGAGCUACCAAUUUGACCCAAUUAGUGGACAAAUCUUGUUCAGUUAUGGAAGUGGUAUCUAUUUAGGACAUACGACCAAGAAUGGAGAAUUUCAUCCGCGUUCCAUAUCACCCUAUUCUUCUGGUCCUAUAAUAUAUUCAGGCAACAUUUUAAAUUACCCUAUAAAUAAUUCAUCGCGACACAAUAGCAUUUCUCCCAUUUCAUCCCCUUCAACCACCGCUUCAUCAUCUCCAUCACACUCACCAUGUUGCUCGUCAGCGAUUCAUUCAGUACCACCUCGAUUGGACCCAAAAUUAGGUGGUCAUGAUCACAAUUUAGUAGCUUUCAUCCGAGAUCGAGAUAUAUGGGUAACUACGCCUAAUGGUUGUGAAACUCAGUUAACAUUUUGCAACGAUCAUGAUCCUGAUGGCACAGCAGCAUUAAGUUGUGGUGUCGCGGAAUUUGUUAUGCAGGAGGAAUUCCACCGAUUCUCGGGCUAUUAUUGGGCGCCACCUUCAUUAUCAAACUAUAUGAAAGAUAAUCUCGAACGUAUUUUAUACUUGCAAAUUUCUGAAUCUAUGGUCGAUUUAAUUUUAAUAUCAAGGCCAGGUCCGCAAGGGGAAGUGGAAGAAUAUAGAUAUCCAAAAGCCGGUACGCCGAAUGCUGUGAGUGAUUUACAGAUUGUAGAAUUUAUUCCUCGAUAUCAUGAAGAGGAGGAUACUUAUGAACCAGUUCACAAAAGACUUUGGGGCAAGGCCGCCUUGGAUAAGCGCUUCCCUUGGAUGGAGUAUAUCGUACGUUUUGGAUGGUGUCCAAAUGGUAAAAGUGUGUGGGUGCAAUUUCUUGAUCGAUUACAAAAGCGAACGGCAAUUGUAAAAAUACCAAUUUGUAAUUUUAUGAGCAUGGCGGAGUAUCAGCAAACAUGUGGCCAGUAUGAUGAUUUAUGCAUAUCAAGAAUUGAGGUGGUUUUUGAAGAAAGUAGUGACGUUUGGAUAAAUGUCACGGAUAUAUGUUAUUUCUUUAAUGAUGACAAUGAUUUCGGUAAUCCAAGGUCUGGGACACACCUUGCUUCACCAUCUCCAUUAACGCAUACACUCCAAACACCUUUAUCACCCACUAAACUUUUUUUAACUUCAGAAAGUAGUGGUUUUCGUCAUCUUUAUCUUGUGGUGAAGCCGUCUGUAUCUUCACCAAAUUAUCACAUUAGAACGAUUACUUCUGGAAAUUGGCCUAUUGUGGACAAACAAAUAUACGUCGAUACAAAAAGACAAUUAGUUUAUUUUACCGCAAAGAAAGAUACACCUUUAGAGACACACUUGUACGUCGCUAGUUAUUCGGAAGAUGCCGAUUCUUCGAAGGUAAUACGAUUGACGGAAUUAGGUUACAGUCAUAUUGUGGUUAUGGACGUAAAAUGUGAAAGAUAUCUAGAUUGGUUUUCAAGUAUUAGUGAACAACCACGAUGUAGUGUACGUUAUUUAGUAUGGGAUAAGGGAAGUAUCUUUCCUCGCGUUAGUGAGACAAUUGGUCUAUACGUGAAGGGUAAAGAAGACAACAAGAAAGAACAGGACGAUAAGAAGCUCUCAAAAAAAGUUCCCUUAGGAGAAUUUUUUGAUUUUAUAAAUAAUGAUGGUGUAAAAAUAUAUGGGUGUCUAUAUCGGCCUGAAAAUUAUGUUCCUGGGAAAAAAUAUCCCACCCUUUUAAGCAUAUAUGGUGGACCGAAAUCUCAGAUGGUGACUAAUGAUUAUAAAUAUCCGCGAUUACUUCGAUUGUUUCUUGCAAUACGACUUGGAUUCGCAGUAGUCUUAAUUGAUGGUCGUGGAUCCUCGGAUAGGGGUCUAGCUUUUGAAUCUUUUCUCAAAGGUCGCAUGGGUACCGUUGAAAUUGAGGAUCAGAUCGCAGGACUCAAUUAUUUAGCAACUAAAAAUAUGGGAAUUGAUCUAGAAAGAGUAGCCAUUACGGGAUGGAGUUAUGGAGGUUAUUUAAGUCUAAUGGCAUUGGCUCAAUAUCCGCACGUAUUUAAAUUGGCCAUUGCGGGAGCGCCUGUAACGCAGUGGGAGCUUUAUGACACAGCUUACACCGAACGUUACAUGGGACUCCCAUCUGAAAAUCCGGAAGGAUAUCGUAAUGGAAGUGUUCUCACUUGGGCUGACAAGUUUCCCGAUAGUGAAAAUCGACUUUUGGUUGCCCAUGGGCAAAUUGAUGAAAAUGUUCAUUUUAAGAAUUCAGAAUUGUUAGUAUCAGCGUUGGUUAAGCAUAACAAACCACAUAUGUUACAGCCAUAUCCAACAGAGAGACAUGGAUUAAAACAUGCCAGUGUUGCUGAACAUUUUGAAACUUUAAUGUUUUUUUGGUUG